AUGGCUCGGACCUCUGCGGCCUCGGCCUGCGAACGGGGCCGUAGCUGUCGCUGCCGCUGCUCGGUUGAGAGACUUGGUUUAGGUCGAAGGGUCUCGGCUGUGGGGCCAGGCGCGACCGCACCUGUGGCUGCGAGCGAAUGCCUGGAGGACUCCCUCUGCCGCGCUUCUUCGGCUCCGGCGUUGCAACCGGCUCUGGAGCUGGCGGGGCUUCUUCUCUGGCGCCAGCAGGCUCCGCAGCCACUUCAGCAGUGGGCUGCGCGGGCUGCACUUCGGGCGCUUCGGGAGCAGGGGCUUCGUCCAUGGCGUAUUUUCUUCAGGCAUGCUUUUGAAUUUGUCGUCCGACCAAGCGACUUAGCCGUCCAGCGCUUUCUUGAGUCGACCCAGAUGGAGGUCAUGAUCUUUUUCUUCUUACCAAAGAGCCGUCCUGCUGGGCCGGGCAGGCUCGCGACUGUCGCUGCAGAGUCCGCUGACGUCUGUGGAGUCCAUUGCGUCGGUUGUUGCAUCCAGGGCGGCGCGGAGCUGCAACAGCUGAUGAGUGAGAUCAACGAGGUUUCCAACUUCUCGGUAGCGCUGCCUGAAGGGCAUUUCCAAGAGAUUCUGAUGGCGCCGACGCUCGUAGGGCUCCUAAACUGCGGCAAAAUGCUCCCGCCGCAGCUCAACAGGAGAUGCAGCGCGUACAGUGGCAAUUGCUUAGUACUGCGCGGCGACCUGUUGGGCGGCUCGGAGGACCUGCCGCCGCUCUGCGCCCGCCCACCGCAGCUGCGGAACUCUGCGAUUCACGGCUUCCGUCACGCGGCCCAUGGCGUCGGCGUACUUCUCGCCCUCUUGCUUCAACCUUCGAUUCGCGACCCACUCGUUGAAUGCUUUCGCGUCCAUGAGCUCCUCGUCGCGCUUCCGCAUCAGCGCGUUCAGGUUGUAGGUGGAGUACUUCUUCCCGAACUGCCGCAGCAUCAGCUGCUUGUUGCGCGGCUCGAUGCUCUGCAUGCGGUCCGUCCGCGACACCUGCCGCAUGGCCCUCAUCAUGGCCGGCGUCGGCUCGGACUCUGGGACCUGCUCUGGUUCUUCUACAGGGGCGGGAACCUCGUCCUAGAGAUCGAGUUUGCGGACCCUGCGGAUGUAGUGCGCGGGGGCACCAACAGCAGCGUAGACCACGACCUUCAGAACGUGCGAGUUUUGGCCUUCCAGGUUACACUCGAUUCGGCGCUCGUGGAAUCCUUCAACCGCGUCUUGCUGUCGGGCCGCAACCUUGUGUUCUCCUAUCCUACGGUCGCCACGCAGGUGACCUCGGUUCCGGCGGACUCCACUAAAUUCAACGUCACGGUCAGUCGUGCCUUUACGAAGCUGCUGGGCGCGUUUGUUACGUUUAGGACGCUCACCGACCAGUCGAACGUGGCUGCGCUGAAUCACCCCGGCACCCAGGCCGAUGGCACCUCCUUCUUGGAGUCGCAGAUGGCGCUGGGCCCCAUGCAGAUACUGGCCAACACUUACGAUUCCUCGAUCCGCAACAUGCGCCUGACCAAGAACAUGUUUGAGGGGAGCUCCUUUGUCGCUGCCUAUCCGGUGCAGCGCGUGCCCGGUAUGCCUCUCAGCGGCAUCUCGACACGCGCUGGCGACCUGGCGCGCUUCUCAUUCAAGGGGCUUCAAGCAGACAAGGUUCAGCAGUGCUACGUGCGCGAAAACCGGCCAAGAAGUGCGAACACAAUCGCCAGCGCAAUCAUUGCAGAGAAUGCGGAGGCGCGGGCAUCUGCGAGCACGGACGGCGCAGAGACGCUUGUAGAGAGUGCGGCGGAUCGAGUUUCUGCGAGCACGGACGCCGACGACAGGUUUGUAAAGACUGCAACGGUGCAAGCGUUUGCACGCAUGGUCGCCAGCGUGCAUCCUGCCGAGACUGCAAGCGUUCGAGCAUUUGUGAGCAUGGGAAGGAGCGCGGGCGCUGUCUUCAGUGCCGUGGCUCCGGCAUUUGUCAGCAUGAUCGCAUUCGCAGUCAAUGCCGCGAUUGUGGAGGAUCAGUAUUCUGUCCGCACAACCGUCGGCGACAAAUCUGCCGCGAGUGCGGAGGAUCAAGCAUCUGUCAGCACGGGCGACAGCGCUACGGCUGCUGGGAAUGCCAAAACUUUGUAUGCACCAUCGAAGGCUGCGCUCACGAAGCGCAAGGAGCUGGAGGUGCACCAGCUGCUGGGCCAAGCCGGCCUGCAGUUCGAGUACCAACAGCACUUGCCCUUCCGCGGCUGCGGGCUGGAGUCAGAGACGCAGCGCGCCUUCGCCGACUUCGUGCUGUACUCCAGCUGGGGAGCCGUCAUCCUGGAAGUGGAUGAGAACCAGCGCAGCGAGCGAGAUCCCAGCUGCGACGUGCGCCGCGAAGCGAUUUCCGGAAGAUGC